GAACAGAUGUAAACAAUGUCGGCGUCCACGAUGUUCCUCCGGUCUCUCGUAAGGCCUGUGUUGUCUGCAAUUUCAAGCAAUGGCACAACUUCUAAGACUUUAUUACAGGUUGAAGGAAGAAGCCAUGCAGCUUCCAGUCUAUUCACAAGCACUAGACUAAGGUGUGAAGCUGAGGAAGGAGAGCCUCAAGCAGAACGAGACCCAGUGAAAGACCGUUCCAAAGUAAUCCCUGUGGAGACGAGCAUGAAAUACCUCAAAAGUGAUGCUUACAAGACAACUUAUGGCACAGAUCCAGUAUGGAAGAGAUAUCGCAGAAAUUUUAAGGGAGCCUUUGCACCUCGCAAAACUAGGAAAACGUGCAUAAGAAAGAAUAUGAUUUCAACCGGCAACCCUUGUCCUAUUUGCCGUGAUGAGUACCUGGUCUUGGAUUAUCGUAAUGUUGAUCUUUUGACACAAUUCGUAUCACCUUUCAAUGGAGAGAUCUUAUCAUACCAAAAAACAAACCUGUGCCAGAGAAGACACAAGGAGUUGCUCGUAGCAGUGGAGAAAUCCCGAGACUAUGGCCUCCUGACAUUCGAUGUACCCUUCAGAGCAUAUGAUUAUUCUGAUUAUUACAAUCCCAAACAAGAAUCUGGUUCAUCGUCUUCAAGCUAAUAAAAUACAGUUUAAGACGUUCUAUAUAGUUUUUAUCAUGUGUUAAGAAUUUGUUGGAAACAUGUGACGUCAUUGCUAUGUAAAUAUAUGGAAAAUUUGGUGUGAAUAUUGGAAAGUUAUGAGAUCUCUCUUCCAGUAGCUAAUGCAUUUUGUAAAAUAAUAGUUUUUGUUUUAUUUUGUUAGAUUAUAUAAAAGAUGUGAAUAGAAUAUGUGCAAUGAUGAAUAAAUAUGUCAUGUUUCUAGACCAGCAUGAAUACAUAUUUCUCUGUAAAUAAAUGUUCAGGAAUUAU